AUGUUCGUUCAAUCUGCUCGAGCCUACCUUGCUGUAGGCGCAGAAUUCAAGAAGAUGCCGCCAUUCAUGGGAUACUGUGCCUAUAUUGCCGGCCCUAUCCAGGCCCAUACGUCUUGCUUUCGCAACUGUCCAGGAGAGUCACUCUCAUGGGCCCAAGGUAUGCUAUGCUUUUUGAUAUUAGAGGAAAUGAAAACACAUUGGCCCAUGUUGAACUCAAUGUACAACAACUUGAAGACUUGCAUAUCCAGGGCCGACAAUGGCUUAUCACUUCUGCCGCGGACGGCAUUGCUCCGUUCUGUCACGGCUCAAUGUGAUCUUGGUGUUGAAUGGCCGGAACCGAUCUCAUUUGAAGAAGUAUUCAUCAAAUUGGAUGAUUCUGGAUGUAGCAAAUUCCUCAACAGAACCUAUAUCGACUUCAUAUGGGACACGCAUGAAAGGCUGGCGAACAGGGAAGAUAAUAAUAGACAUAUACAUCACGGCCGUGGGGUCCAUCUUGUGGGAGAAGAAGCAGUGGCCCAAUGCGGUUGGGGAACGGAUGACGUUGUCCGGGAUGUAGAGCCUUCAAAGCAGGGAUUCUCGAAUGAUCAUCUCUUUAACUUUGAUGAGAUUCUCCCUCGUUGCUCCAUGGACGCCAUCAGUGGUGUAUCCGCCGAGUUCAUUACGGACGAUCCUUUGGAUGGCCAAAAUCUGGAGGUGUUUAGUAUUGAACGAGCCUAG